UAUCACUCCCAAUCCCAAUAAGAGCCUCCACGUCCUAUCCUCUCUUCCCCUUCCACACUAAAAUGGGCUUCUGCUGCUGCGCCCAUCAUCAUCAUCAUCAUCAUCAUCAUCAACUCAUUUUCGCCAUUCCACUUCUCAUUCUCCUCAUUUCCACAUUCAACGUCCAAGGCCGAAAAGUAGCUCACAACAACUCCCAAGUAAAGGAAGAGAAGACAAUGUGGAGAUCCCAAAUCGGAUCAAGGCCGCCUCGGUGCGAGCGCCAGUGCAGCACCUGCACCCGCUGCGAGGCCAUCCAAGUCCCCACCAUCGCCGCCGCCAGAGACCAAGGCAACUCCAAUUACAAGCCCAUGAGCUGGAAAUGUAAAUGCGGCAACCUCAUUUUCAACCCUUGAUUUUACUACUUUAAUUUUUAAUUAUAUUAUUAUAAAGUGUGUAGUAGUAUUUCAAUAUUGGAAAGCAAUUAGAGGGUCUUUUGUGGGCAUCUACAACUUUUCCUAAUUUGUGUGGAUAUACUACUAUUAUAUAGUAAAUGCAAUGCAAUCUUACC